AGGUUUUAAGGUAAGAUUCGAUCCAAAUUUUUUCAGUGAGAUUUUCGUCUUCCGUAUGAAUGACACGGUCAGUUGCUUAUAGUUUACAGUUUCGACUCGUUUGAUUCGUUUUAUGCCAGUAGUAGCAGUGACCAGAACUGUCAACAAAGCAAUAAUGAAGUCCUUCAUCGUACUACUGGCCCUUGGAGCCUGUGUCCUAUCCGUUUCUUCAGCCAAAAUCCCCAGUCCCCAAAAGGAGGACACCAGGAUUCAGCUCCAACCAGACACAUCCGUUGCUCGUGGUGGUUGGGGAAGUGCGUCAGAAUUCUUCAGUGGACCUCCAGCCAUCUUUUUUGCCCCUGUCAUUGCAGUCGGACUUAUCAUCGUUCUUUGGGUUGCUGCAUAUAACACCUUAAGGAGCCCUCCACCAAAAAUUGGGUUCGGAGGUGGUGCUCAAGGGGGAGGUGGUGGUUGGGGAUGGGGAUCAGCCAAUGGCGGGUGGGGUGUAAGUCCAUCUGGUGGUUGGGCUGCUCCUGCUGCUGUCGGCGGUGGGUGGGCCGCUGCUGGAUCGGAACAAUAUGAAACUGCUGCUGGGUCCACGCUACAAGCUGCGACCGUCGCCAACGCCGUGGAACAAACAGUUGCUGCUACUGGUCAACGGAGUCUGAACGAUUUAACACAUCGUGUCCUUACCAGCAUUGAGAGGGGAGAACAAGCUCAACACUAAGAAAAGGAAAUUAUGGGACACACAAGGACCACCAACCGUUCUCAUUGUUUUCCAUUUAGUGUAAAAUAACUUAUUGCCCAGUAUGCCACCUGGAACCUCAUGGAAAUAUCGAUAUAGGAUACGUUCAAAUAUAAUAUAGGCCAAAAAUUGUACGAAAGUUGUUUGUUGAAUUAUGUACUUUUGCUACGCGUGCCAUAAGUUAAUAAAAAAGGAUAAAUGGUAUAAAAUA